AUGGCCACUCGAAUCGCGCGACGAGGUUUCUCCGCAUCAUACCACUUGUGCUCCGCACGCAGCCUCUCCGGCACUGAUGUAGCUUCUCGAGCCUGGCAAUUGCGCUCUUCCAGCAUAUCUCUUCGGGCGCCAUUCUCCACGACCAGGGCGGUUGCCAACAAUGGUGGCUGGGGCCAGUCGAACAAGAAUUUCACGGCCGUAGCUACUGGAGGCUACGAGUACCCUGGUAUCCCAUCGUUUCAGGAUCCAUACGCCAAAAGGCAGUGGCAGCUUGAGCACAUGGCCGGCGCAUUCCGCGUCUUUGCUCGCAUGGGUUUCACCGAAGGCGCGAGCGGGCACAUUAGUGUGAGAGACCCGGUCGACCCCGAUACCUUUUGGAUCAACCCAAUGGGCGUUCACUUUGGUCUAUUAAAGGCCAGCGACAUGGUCCGUAUUGAUGAAAAUGGCCAGGUAAUUGGUGGAAACCGAACUGCUGUCAACGCCGCCGGAUUCAUGAUUCACUCGGCCGUCCACAAGGCCCGCCCAGACGUCGACGCGGCAUGCCACACGCACUCCAAGUUCGGCAAGGCAUGGUCCGCCUUUGGCCGGCAUUUGGACAUGCUCAACCAAGAUGCCUGCCGGUUCUGGAACAACCACAGCGUGUAUUCCAGCUACGGCGGCGUCGCGCUGCAGGACGAGGAGGGCGCGCGCAUCGCGGAAUCGCUGGGGCCCACGAACCGCGCCGUCAUCCUGCAGAACCAUGGACUGUUGACAGCCGGUGGCACCGUCGACGAGGCUGCCUACUUGUACACCGUCAUGGAGAGGUCGUGCGAGAUCCAGUUGAUGGUGGAAGCGGCCGGACUUGAAAAGAGGCACAUUAGUGACCCGGAAGCGGCGUAUACGUACAAGUACGAGGGCAAUGCGGAAACGCUCUACACUGAGUUUCAGCCCGACUUUCAAUACGAAGUCGCCAUGUCCAACGGUGAAGUAAAGGGCGGCACAGACUUUGGGAGAAGGCCUUCGAACAAUGCUGAUAUUGGGCAUGUCACGUUACGGCCUAAGCUGAGCUGUAUGCUAUAUGAGACCUACAUUACCAUUACGUCCGCCAAGCUUGAGCUACUGAACAUGAUGACCGACGAUUCGUUGAAGCGUGGGCGUCGUAAGACGACGUCAAAUCAGGCUCUCAAAGUGGACAAAUGA